AUGGCAAAAACAUGGUGUUACAAGAUGCUUGCAUGUAUACUCCUACUACUCCAAAUAAUGUCAUCAUAUUGCCUAAUAUCAGCACCCGUAAAAUAUCCAACCACACUCGAAACCGAUAAAUCUGCUCUUCUUGCCCCGAAAUCUCAUAUCACUUUGGAUCCUCAUAACAUACUUGCCCAAAAUUGGACGAAUUCGAGCUCUGUCUGCAGCUGGAUUGGCAUCACUUGCGGUUUACGCCAUAAUCGAGUAACUGCGGUGAAUCUUUCUUACAUGGGUCUUUCCGGCACCAUUCCGCCACAACUAGGAAACCUUUCCUUCCUUGUUUCCCUCGAUUUUAGUUUCAACCUUUUCACCGGUGUUCUUCCUCAACAGUUGUCUUCUCUACACAGAUUGAAGUUUAUUUCUUUCAGAGUAAACAAAUUGAGUGGAGAGAUCCUGUUGUGGUUAGACUAUUUACCGAAACUAGAGCAUCUAUCUCUACGGAAUAACAACUUCACCGGUUUCAUCCCAAGUUCCGUCUCUAAUCCGACAAAUCUACAGUUUCUUGAUUUCUCUUCAAAUUCUCUUCAAGGAGUUAUUCCGCAAGAGUUGGGAAAGCUUCAUAAUCUGAAGAAUUUGUACAUGGAAUACAAUCAUCUCUCCGGUCGUAUACCGUCAUCGAUAUUUAACAUGUCGGACCUAAAAGCUAUAGCUUUCACAGGAAAUGAACUGAUUGGCAGCCUUCCAAGUGACAUGUGCAGCUAUCUUCCAUUCCUUCAAGGAAUUCACCUAUCUAGUAAUAAGCUGAGUGGCGAAAUUCCAUCGAAUCUAUCAGAAUGUUCACAACUUCAACUAAUAUCCUUGUCUUACAACUCCUUUAGUGGGCAUAUACCAAGAGAGAUUGGCAGUUUAAAAUUUCUUCAGACGUUAUAUCUUGGGGGUAACAACUUAAAUGGUGUUAUCCCGUUCGAGAUUGGCAAUCUUCAGAACCUAGCUCAAUUUGGUAUUGAACAAAACCAGAUCACCUGUACAAUUCCACUAAGUAUCUUCAAUAUUUCUUCACUCCAAGUUUUACUACUAAAUCAGAAUCACCUGUCUGGAAGCUUCCCAAAAGAUAUGGGGAAUCUUACAAAGCUCAAACAAUUGGACAUCUUAAACAACAAGUUAACAGGUAGUUUACGGCGAGAAAUUGACAAAAUGUACCAACUGGAUAUAUUAAUAUUAGACUCUAACAGCUUCAUUGGUUUUAUUCCAUUGGAGCUCUUUAACAUGUCAAAUGUUCGAGUUCUUAGUCUUACAGCUAAUAGUUUGUCAGGCGGUCUUCCAAUUAAUUUGGAUAUGGGGUUACCCGCUAUCGAAAUACUUUACCUCGGAGGAAAUUACCUCAGUGGAUCAAUACCCGAUUCAAUCACUAACUGUUCCAAACUCAGAAUUCUCGAACUCAGUAGUAACAACUUCACUGGUUUUGUACCUUAUUUUCUCGGUAAUCUAAGAAUCCUUGAACGUCUAUCCAUUAGCGACAACAAUCUAAGGACCGAAUCAACUUCUUCCGAAUUGAGCUUCAUAACUUCUUUAACUAAUUGCCAAUCAUUAAAUAGACUCUCAAUUGGUGGCAAUCCUCUAGAUGGCAUCAUUCCAGCUUCAAUCGGGAAUUUAUCUACAUCGUUGCAAAAUUUAUUUGCCUACAAUUGUAAAAUUAAGGGUAUCAUCCCUCCAGAUAUCGGCAAUUUAAGCAGCCUCGUGACACUUUCUUUAUUCGAGAACGAGUUGUCUGGUAACAUUCCACCUACUGUUAGCCAUAUGCAUAAGCUUCAAGGAUUAGGUUUACAUAGAAACAAUCUGCGAGGUUCCAUUCCAGAGGGUCUUUGUGAUUUAGAAAAGUUAGUUGUUUUAUCUUUAAGCCAAAAUAAUUUUUUCGGUCGAAUACCGGAAUGUUUAGGAAAUAUCACGUCUUUAAGAUAUCUCCAUCUAGAUUCCAACAUGCUGACUUCAAGCAUACCAUCGAGCAUGUGGCACCUCACGAAUUUUCUGUAUUUAAACUUGUCGUCAAAUUCCUUGAGCGGAUUUAUACCUCCCGAAAUAGGUAAUUUAGUGUCGGCAAACACUAUCGAUCUAUCAAUGAACCACUUGUCGGAUUCUAUUCCAAGCACUAUUGGAAAUUUAAUAUCUUUGAGUGGUCUGUCUUUGGCCCAUAAUCUACUGGAAGGUUCUAUUCCAGAAUCCAUGGGGAACAUGAUCAGUCUGGUAUAUAUAGACUUGUCUUACAAUAACCUCUCUGGUUCAAUCUUUUGA